GGCAGCUGUGUUGUUUCCCCCAACGUUUUUACACCUCAACUAUAUGCGUGAGGAUUAAAAAAAAAAUCGAAAAAUCGUAAAAUCGACUUGCCCCCCACCCCAUCCUCUCAAGUGUGUGUUCCCCUCAGCAGUGAAAUUAUCCGGCUUCGAUAGAACAGUCCUCCACCCCUAUAAGAGUCAAAAGUACCACUGACCAAAUUAUUAACAGAAAAAAAAAAUUGAUUGGCCAAUUUCACCGAGAAUUAAUCAACUCUAGCUCCAAGUAAUAUUGUGCAAUAACCAGUGGUUUGUGAAAAUUUUGAUGAUAGCCCGAGAGAGAGACGUCAGAAUUUUGUGGGCCAAUCUGACAUCAUCGAGAAAAUACGUAGUACAAAGCUGUACGUGUACCAUUUUCCAAUGCAGACUCUGAGGAAGAAAAAUAGUCCAUGCAAGUUCAAAAAAGAGCCGACCCGAUUUCUCGGGGAGGGUGUAUCCUUCAAGGCAAAACUUAUUGGAAUACUGGAGGUAUCGGAGGCUCGAGGUGAUCAAAUGUGCCAAGCAGCACUUGCCGAUUUAAAAAUGGCGAUAAGAGCCGCUGGUGAACAUAAACAACGAAUUGCUGUGCAAGUCAGCAUCGAUGGACUUCGCCUGCGUGACGAGAAAACUGGAGAAUGUUUGUAUCAUCAUGCAGUCCACAAGAUAUCAUUUAUCGCUCAGGAUCGUUAUGAUUCACGUGCAUUUGGCUACAUAUUCGGCUCUCCCGACACGGGCCAUCGAUUUUUUGGCAUAAAGACGGACAAAGCAGCGAAUCAAGUCGUAAUGGCGAUGCGUGAUCUCUUCCAAGUGGUGUUCGAGUUGAAGAAGAAAGAGAUGGAACUGGCGAAGCAGCAUAUCGAGCAAAAUGUCAUGAAAUAUCACACCACUGGUAUAUUUGUUGAGCCUGCACCAGACACUAAGGGAGCGGCAGGAGUGGAUAGUUGUGUGCAUCGGAUACGAGCGUCGGCCGAGACGGAGCGAUCUUCGGAAAAGAAAUCGGAAAACCGUAGCGGAGUGAUAGCAGAUCUUCUCGAUCUCCAGUUUGAGCUCCAUUCAUUGCAGCAGGGUAUUCACCAAAUGGACAAAUUGACACCGGAAAAUCCGAGGCCAGCGUCGGAGGAUCCGUUUGAGGCAGAUCCCUUUGGGGAUUCAUUCACAAAUAUCAAAGUGAAAAAUUCAGUUCAACCGAUUUUACCGCCUCCACCAUCUUCGGCAAAACGCUGCCAUCUUGAUAGACAAGCGACAAUUCCCACUCCAUCGUCAUCGACCUCGAGUCCUGCUACCGUAAUGCCUAGUAAAACACCACCACCUCAAGCGCCAUUACAGUGGUUAGAAAGCGAGAGUGAGAAAAGAUUUAGUGAUGGGGAAAUAUCAAGUCUUACUGGCGGUAUGAAUGACAAAGAAGGUAAGGCAAAUGAUUCUGAAAAUGGUUCAGGUUCAUCAUCGACGGCAGCUCGUAAGAGUCCUCAGAUUGAUGUAUUUACGGAGUUAGAUCCAUUGGGAACUGGCUUAAGUAAACCCUACAUAGAUAAAAAAGACUUCUUUCAACAUCUGAAGAAUCCACCCAAGAAAGUCCUAAAAGAACUAGCAUCAACUUCAUCAACCGACACAUUCCCAACUAAUUUUCAUAUUUCAGACUCACUGGAUCCAUUGAAAUCGCGCGACGAUAAACCCGGUGAUAUGUUUGAAGACGGAGAUUUUGCCAAUUUCGACAAAUUCGAUGAACCAGAAACAUUUUCAACACCUAAAUCACAGUCACCACAGAUGAGUAAGACAAACUCACGUUUGAUACAUCAUCAGCCUUUGUCCGUGUGUUUACCACCCGAGGAUAUUCCAAUAUCGAAAAGUUCAGCAAGAUUGGAGAGAGAAGUGUCUGAACCAAGGCAAUCGCUAAUACGUUUGCCAAGCCCUAAGAAAUAUCAGUCAUCGUCGUCGUCAUCCUCGUCAGUCCGUAAGAAGGAUUACGAUGAUUUGCCUUCGAGCUGUCGUGCCCAGUCAAUUGACAAGACAUUUCCCGUUGACUUUGCCCUAACAACUGAUUCCCCAGUUUCACCCCACCGAUCAUGUUCCUCAGACGCCAAUUCUCGUAUCUCCACAUCUAGUGCUGAACUUGAAAUAGUUCCUGAGCCUCCGCCUAGAGGCGCUGGUAGUAUUCUCAUAAAUCCUCCACCUCUUCCACCGAAAAAGCAGGGAGUAAGAGCAGCUGGAAAACCACCCCCUAGACCACCUCACAAUGAUUUUCAUUAUGACUUCAUCGAGCGAGAGGAGUCACCGUCGACGUCUCCGAUCCCAAACCACCGAUCAAUCAAAACUCCGGAAAUGGAUGUACACAAGGGUAGAUUCGAUGACGAUUUCAGCUCUCCAUCCUCCAAGAUUCAGUCGAUCAAUACCAGUGGUGCAUCCUUUGAGGAUUCUUUUAGCUCUAUGAUUCCCACAACUCUAUCAUCUCUCUUUAGAAAGUCCUACACAUCAUCCCAGGAAUCGAAAAAGAAACCUUCUUUAGACAUAACACUUAGUCAGUUAACAUCUUCCAAUCUCGUUGAGUUAGCAACGAGUUUGGACAUGAGCGUUGGCCAACUCACGAAUUUGACGCUUCAGCAAUUAACUCAAUGUCUCUCUAAACUAUCGGCGAAGGAACAGCAAACCACACCAACUCAGCAAGUCAAGGAGUUUAGAGAAGUGGAAGAUAAACCAGAGCUUUCAAGAGGUACAAAAAGUUCAUUCGCCAACGAGCCGCUAUUCACAGCUAAUUUUGAUCAAGAUGUUAAACCAUCGGAAGAGCCCAAAUACGACAAGUACGCGGUAUUCAGGGAACUAUUGGAACUCGAUCAGAUCGGCAGUGAUUCUGUCAAAAAUGAGACUAUCGAUGAAGAGAUUAAUGAUUUCGACCGGAAAGAUUUGACAGUGGAAGGAGCCGAGGACAUGGAUUGUCAAAUUGAACUUGAACUCAAUAUUAAAAUUGAUGUCGAUGAGAAUAUUAAAAAAUCUGAAUCAAAUGAAGUGAUGAGAGAAUCGCCAAUCGAUGAAAAAGGGGAGAGUGUGAAGACUCCAGAAGAAUUGGAUACCAAAAAUGACUCGAUUGAAUCGGAAGAGAUGAAAGAUCCUGAUGAGUCUGACGAGAAAUAUCAGUCACUGGAAAAUUCCGAGUGUGAGAAGGUCCAGUCGGAGAUUAGUCCGACACCAGAAGCGAAGGAGGAGAAGAUCGAGGAGACACUGAAUAAAUUGGAGAACAAAUCAUCGUCAACAACGCCGAACGAUCGAUACGCAGCGCUCCGAGAAAUCAUAGCUGAUAUUCAACCGAUCAGUGAAACAAAUGAAAAACCAACGAGUCCAUCGCCCAUCAACACGUCCAAGAGUCUAGCUGAGCACGACUUGAUGAAGCUCUUUUCAGCCCCUCCGUCUCAACCUGCCAGCCCCAAACGGAUCAACAAGGAGGAGCUUGAUUUGACAGCAGCUGCCUCCUAUAUUUGCCAAGAGAUUCGGAUGCUGAAUAGUUGUGUAAAUAAACCAAAUAAACCAGCAGCAUCUGGAUUCGAGGAUGUAUUCUGUUCGUUGGUAGAGGAGAAAAAGAGUCACGAGGAACCGAAGGACGAUGAUAAUUGGGCGAAAUUCGAAAGUGGAGUCUUUCAUUCGGACAAAUCAUCGUUCGACGCACACGCAUCCUUGGGUGGAACGUCCCCGUGGUCUCCCGAUGAGAAAGACAUUCAGAAGGAGUUGGGCUUCAAGACAAGCGUCCAUCGGCAUUCAGGAGAUAGUGAUAACGAGUGGAAGGACGAGGAAGAGUCAGAGGAGAGUAAUGGAAGAGUACGAGAUGAUGGUCUGUGGCGGCAUCCACCGAGCAGAUUCGACUCGAGUUGCGAGGAAAGCACCUAUUAUGAUGCUAGCGAUAAAGAUCGUCACUUUCGAGAGAGAUCGGCUAGGAAAACUCGUGGUGUACCCUGGGCUAAGACUCCCCAUCGACCUCGACUCGAUCCUUCUCCAUGGCACGAGGAGGGUCGAUGGGAGGACGAGCACAGGAGAUAUCCACCUAGGAAAAUAUCGUACAAGGACGAGGAGGAGAGAAAGGCACACUGGAAAUGCCGAACUGGCCAGCGAGCGCCGUGGAAUGGUGAGCGGGAUUCCAAUUUCAGGGGUCAUGAUCAUCAAUUCUACGAGGAAGAUCGAGGCAAGAGGAGGAUGAUGCUGUGGAGUGAGGAUGAUCGAGACAGAGAUCGUGAUCGUGAUCGUGAUCGCGAUCGAGAUCGAGAUCGUUUUAGUAGUCAAGAGAGUAUGGGUUACGACGACGAGGAGAGAUGGUCAAUUCGUGAAUACGAGAGGAGAAGGUGGGAGGAGGAAGGGAGAUUUUGGAGGGGGCGAUCUGGAGGUGAAGAUUAUCCCGUGUAUAGAAAACACAAUAUGCAUUACUGUAGGGAAUCCAGAGAUAGACCGAUAGAUUAUAAUCCAGCGGGUUGGGAGGAGGAGUAUCCCGAUCGUUCUGAUAAUUCACCACGUUAUGUUACGAGGAAGAGGCAUUGGCCGAAGCGUCCAAACAGCGCUAAUGAAGAUCGCAAUGCAGAGGUUGUUUAUGCCGAGCCUAGAAUGAAAUAUGGAAUGUCGCGGUCUGAAUGCAGUGACAACGAUUCCGAUAUGUACCAUCGACCCUACAGGUCGCGAAGUCGCGAGAGCUAUUGGGAGAGCGAUCAGGAGUUUGAGAGCUGGGGAGAGCGUCUCUAUUGGUCGGAAGGACCUGACAUGAAGAGCGAGUCGUUGCACCGCCGGCGAAUGAAUCGACACAAGCAGCAAUCAAGAUCUAAGCCCCAGAGUUCGCCGUUCGAGGAUGACUUUACCCAGAGUAUCGAGCACGGUGGAUCGGUGGAUCAGGCGAUAAUUUCGGAAAAUAAACAACCCGCGAGCCCUCGUAAUGCCCAGGAUCAUGUGAGAAAGGAUGUGCGAAAGCACGCGAGGUCUAGCUUCUUCGAUGAUGAUUUAACACCGUCGGCGUCGAGUGAUACGUCUGAUCGGCAACGGCUCGGUUCCGAUCUCAAAGCAACCCCUGAAGAUCUGCCCGUUGAUCCGAGGGAUCCAACCUCGGCGGACAGUUUUGUAUCGGAGGACAGCGGUAGGGAUUCGUUUUUCAAUGGCGAUCCGAGAUUCGAUGACGAUGCCUUUGCAUUCAGAUCGGAAAUGGCUGACAGUGUACCGAAUACUUCGACUCUGUCAUUGAAAAACUCGAGACAAAUCAAGUACGGUAAUAAUAAAAUGAAGGGUGAUUACGAUAUCAAAAAGUCUGAAUCGGUUAACAUAUUUGUUAGGGAGAACGAUCCAUUUGACGAUGAUGAUUUUUUCAAUUAGCAUGAACAACACAAUCGACUGAUUGCCCACCGAGUAUCAAAUCACAAAUAAAUUGUGUGAUAUCAUUUUUCUUGACACACACGAUUAUCGCUUGUGUAGUGGGAUCAAUGACUUGAACAUUCUAGUCAUAAAGAGUAUGUGUUCUAUUUAUUUGCUUGAUUAUUUUUUGCCUUCAUUAAUAAAUAUUAGAAAAUUAACAAACUAGAUGAAAUUGGUGUGGUAAUUUGAUUGUUAUGUUUGGCCAAUGAGUUGAAAAUAUGAGAAUGAUUGAGUGAAGCCACAGAAGCUGAGCCACAAAAUGAUGAAACAGGGAGCGAUGAAUUCUCCGCAUUAUCGGAACAACAAAAUUUUAUAAUCCUUUGUUAACAAUAAAAUACAGUGGCACAAAGGGGAGACAAUGACCUACAAAAAUGAAAAAAAUUGCAUCAAUGUAUCU